UCAUCUCAUUUAAGAUUAUUAACUUCUUGUUGAUAACUACUGUGAUUGUUUAGGCAACUACAUGUGUAUUCUCUGUACUUACUGUUUGUGUGGUAAAUUUGGUACUUUUUUCAAACUAUGAAUAUUUCUUAUUUAUACUAUUAUUUAAUUUGAAACCAAUAACCGGGCAAUCAAUUGAAAUUUGUCUUCUAUAAGCGAGUUUGAAUUCUCAGUUUUUCACUCUGACAAAUGGAAUUUGAAGUUCUACAGUGUCACAUUGAAUUUUCUACCAUUUUGUUAUAGUUGAUGCUUAAAGCUGUGUACCAUCAUCUGUUCAUCCGCGUGAUUAGGUCAAGGUGCUUUUUUCAUUUUAUCUUCGUAGAUGAUAAGGAUUUUAGAUUUCACUUUAGCUGUUGUCUAACAUUCAGUAGUUGUCGAUUUUAUUUCAUUGUAACAACACAUGCGUAAAUGUGAUUUUUCUGCAACUGGAGUGGAUACGUUGUCUUUCAUUUAGACCAUACUUAAUGACAUUGCUCUUUUUGUGCAGCUUUGAGAGUGCUCGUAUCAGUUUUUAGUCCAUUUGAUAUCGGCUUCCAAGUUCAUAUUGGGAACUGUGUUGGCUUCCGUUGAUAUGCCAAGGUCGACCACACCGAAGCAACAACAAUGGCCACCGACGAAGACGCUGUUCAGGUGUGGUCGAUUUGAGCUGCGGGUGACGAAGAUUAGACGACGAAAAGUGACACCGUCAAUUUCUUGUGGUCGAUUCGAUCUCCUCUGUACCAAGAAUCGCGAGGCGAGGAUUCAUUUACAAGGACCCCCAUUUACUGUAGAAGCUUGCAAGACGAAGCAACAAACAGGACACCCACCGGCCUCUAUUGCAUCUUGUUGUGGUGAAAACGACGUGGAGGAUGCAGAACACAACGGAAAACAGCUGGUUGGUUUAAGGAAAUCAAGAAAGGCCAAAAUUCAAUUUCUAUCUUUUUUUUGCUGUAUGAUACUAAGUGACAUCACAGUACUCAUAAAAAUGAUCUUGUUGCUUGACCAUGGAACAGACAGACUAAUGUUGGGAUUUUGUAAGCCUGAUGCUUUUAGGCAAAUCAGUGAGUUUAUUAUCAUGUGUAAACUCACUGAUUUGCCUAAAAGCAUCAGGCUUACAAAAUCCCAACAUUAG